AUGUUGCUGCUCACGCCGCUCGUCGCUCUUCCUCCCGUGUUGAGCUCUGACCUCCUCUGUGUCUGCAGGUGCUUCUCCAUCUUCUUCGUGGAGUUUCAGGACCACUUCGGCGCCGACUACUCGGCCACGUCGUGGAUCCACAGCCUGGUGGACUGCACCACGAUGCUCUGCGCUCCGCUGGGCAGCCUGCUGAUGAACCGCUGGUCGUGCCGGGCGGCCGUGAUGCUGGGAGGCGUGCUGUCGUCCUGCGGCCUCCUUCUCAGCUCCUUCAGCAGCAGCCUGGAGCUGCUCUACUUCAGCAUGGGGGUCCUGACAGGUCUGGGUUUCGCCCUCUGCUACACGCCCGCCAUCGCCCAGGUGGGCUGCUACUUCCGGCAGAGGAAGGCGCUGGCGUACGGCGUGGCCAUGUCGGGCAGCGGCAUCGGGACGUUCGUGUUGGCGCCGGCCGUGCAGCUGCUCAUCGAGCUGUACUCGUGGCGGGGGGCGCUGCUCGUCCUCAGCGCCGUCGUCGCCAACCUGUGCGUCUGCGGGGCGCUGCUCCGACCAAUCACGCUGCAGGAGGAGGAGGAGGCGGAGGAGGACGAGGGGGCGGAGCAAUGUGGCGAGAAACAGCUCUGCGUCGAAGUCGCCACAAAACCCUCCGAAGACGGCGUCUUGUCAUCGGGCAAGCAGUUGCCGCCAUCUUCCUCUUCUCUGAACGGGAGGUGGUGCUUCAGCUCCUGGUUCCUGUCCAGUAAAGAGUACCGGUUCCUGCUGCUGCCGGACUUCCUGGGUCUGGCCGUGUCCUUCCUGGUCCUCGCCAGCGGCUGCAGCCUGCCCUUCGUCUACCUGGUGCCCUACGCUCUGAGCGCCGGCGUCAGCCACCAGCACGCCGCCUUCCUCAUGUCCAUCCUGGGAGUCAUCGACAUCGUGGGCAACGUCACCUUCGGCUGGCUGACGGACAGGAGGUGUCUGAAGCCUUACCGUCUGGCCUGCUACAUCUUCUCGGUGGGGAUGGAGGGCCUCUGCUGCCUCUUCACGCCGCUGCUCCGCUCCUUCCCGCUGCUCGUGCCCUUCGCCGUCCUCUAUGGAUACUUCGACGGCGCCUACGUGGCUCUGAUCCCCGUGGUGACGUCGGAUGUGGUGGGGGCUCCGUACCUGUCCUCGGCGCUGGGCGUGGUCUACUUCCUGCACGCCAUCCCCUACCUGAUCAGCCCGCCAAUCGGAGGUUGGCUGGUUGACAUCACAGGAAGUUACACGGCCACCUUCUUCCUGAGUGGCGCCGCCCUGCUGGCCAGUGCGGUCGUCCUCUUUACCGUCGCCGGGAUUCGGCGCUGCCGCCUGACCGUCGGCAAGCACAAGCCCCUCCCCCUCAGCCCAUCCGACCAAUCACGCCGCUUCGAUGCCUUCAACAAACAGCCGGCCAGUCAGAGCGUUGCAGCGUAGCCUCGCAGGAGUCGACCAAUCAGAUUUGCCGACACCCAAGAAAACUUGGGAGCUGUGAUUGGUGGGAGCAGUCGCCAAUCACGUGAUGACUUCACUGCCAGAGAUGCAAGAACCAAUAACACUGUGACAAACUCUUUAUUUUGUAGAGACUUCUGACUUCCUGUCUGAACUGGAGCAAAGUGCUUCAACGUUUGUUUGUUUGUGUUUGUUUUGUCCUCGACUGGGUCACAUGACUCCCUGGACGUCUGGACGGACAGUUGAACGGACUGAGGACGCCUGCAGUCGAGCUCAGAGGAACACAUGAAAACAGACGUACGCUGCAGAAGCUCGACUGUACGGCGUCACAUUGGUGCCAAAACGUCGCUUAGCGCUGUUUCUGCGUUGUUACCACGGCGACCACCUACCCAAAGUCUUUAAUAUUUAGUCCUGCUGUCAGAGCUGGAACUGAUUUCUUUACGUUGCAGUUUUGCUAAACAUGAUGCUGCCUCCAAGUGAUUUUAACUCAGGUGUUGAUUAACGAGCCACGAGGAGAUCUCAAACAUUCUGACCAAUCAUCAGCUGGUCAGCAGCUGCUCGGUUCUUCAUGUCAACAUCAGGUCUGUGCUGGUGUUUGAAGAGUUAAACUUUCUCCACUAAAGUUAAUAAAAUCAACACGAAGCUGCUGUUGUGCUCAGAAACCGGUUUCACUGUGUUGUCUUAACCUUGUUACAGACGUCCGUCUCCUCAGAGAAACAUGGACUUUGGUUGUUUUUGUUAAUGUGCAUCAAUAAAAGAAACGUUCUGCCAAAGACA